UGGUGGAUAAGCCCAAUAGACUCUUAUGAUUACUUCGUAUCGUGCAGGCCUGAUAAUUACCUCUAAUGGAUUCACCCCAUUAAUCUCAAGUGGCCAGUUUCUACCUCACAAUAGUUAGUGCAAUGCCAACCACAAUACCAUCGGACAGUGUUAAGUCAUUUCUGCCCAUAUUCUAUGCAUCGAAAAUAUUCGGUUGCAAUCUUUAUUCUUUGCCAAGGUCAACAGACGUGUCGCAUUUAAAUGUAUCACUACAAGCGAUCGAUGUACUUCUCUGCUUGAUUCAUUUCGCUGUGUACGUUUUCGUCUGCAUGCCGUUAUCAAAAAAAUGGGACAGUUACGACAAAGUGUUUACCAAUGAAUUUGCGGCCAACAUGGGCUCUUCAGGCUUGGUGGUCAUUGUUUUUCUGGGGGACAUUCUAACUUAUGCUGCUUGCAUUAGAAAUUUAUUCAUAAUCGCUAUGGAUAUGAUAAAUGCGGCCAACAUGCGGAGAGUUAUGUCAUCGUUCAACGAGUUCGAUAGACAGGUCAGGUGGUUGUUUGGUUUUUAAUCGAUUUUCCUCUCAAGGAAAUGUUUUUAAAGAUGACAGAAAUAGGUGUACAGGUAGAUGCCAGUCAUAAACGAUUAAUAAUUUUCUAUGGACUGACUACGCUAUUGUGGCAAUUUCCGACGAUUUGGCUAAGUUUGACCAUAUCUAAGGGUACAAGGGAUACGAGAACAAUUUUUAUUGUAGCGACAUACAUUGGUCAUGCUGUGAUGAAUGGAUGUGAAUCGUCGUAUUUGACAGCAUUUUGGUAUAUUUUGUCUAACCUUGCUGACCGAUUCCGCAUAAUAAAUAUUUGUUUGAGCAAACAUGUAACAGAAACCAGAGACAAAGAGGUUCGUGCUUCAAACGAUUGUACAUUCGUGCGUAAUGUGUCGAUGAGCCAUCUGAAGCUGGUACAGAUUGUAGAAACUGUUAGCCAGGCAAAUGCAGUACAGUUCGUUUUGUGUACUGCAACAUUUUUUGUAUCUAUGACGGUGACAGCAUUUAUGACCUACCAAGUAAAUCGCCAUUCGAUUGAUUAUGGAACUCCAGGGUCUGCCGUAUAUUUUUCUGUGAGACUCGUCUACAACUCUUUCUUGAUGUACAAAAGCAUUUCGAUUGGCAGUAAAAUACGGAAAGAGAGGAAAAUUACUCAAUCGCUCAUAAACAAGACUAUUCCGUUGGAGCAAAACCAGAAUGUUCUGCUACAGUUCAACGCUUUAAGCAACCAAAUUAGUCAUUCAGAGACGGUAAUUUCAUGCGGUUUAUUUACGAUUGAUUGGACACUAUUGUAUACACUCACCACAGCUUUGGGAACAUAUUUCCUCUUAUUUGAAUCAUUUAAUUCGAUUCACACUGCAAGAAAUUAGAAUACAACUUAUGUUGGAAUCACGAAAGGGACUGUUCACAAAUGACGUCACGCCAUAAGGAGGUGAUUAAAGAGAACGUGA